UGGUAGGCUGCGGCUGUCACUCAUGACGGAGCAGGGCCCGUGCGGCAGGUUCGGUUGAGCGGAGGCCGAGCGUCUCGGGUGUCCUCCUCCCAGGCCCUGCAUGGCGCUCUCCGCCGCUGCGCCAGCAAGGGCCUUGGCAGACGCUCCCUAACGCCCGUCAGUGAGCACCCUGGUAUUGUCACAAGCUCCCGGGGCCGUCCUCCAGCCAAUGGGAGGAGGGAGGACAAGCGCUGUCUCCGUAGCAACCGGAGCGAAGCUCCGGGCCAGCGUCUGAUUGGCCGAUUCAAAGCGAUUCCGUGCGCGUGGUGGGGAGCGCAGGGCGCGCGCAGCGGGACCGCGCGGUGGCGGCGGCAGGACCUGGAGAGAGGAUGCGGCCGGGGGGCGGGAUCAGCCCGAGCUUCGUGGCCCAGCAGCGGAUCCGGCAGCUGGAGCAGAAGCUGCGCGCUAAAGAAGAAAGAAUAGUUGUGCUGGAAACAGAAAAUGCUCUUCUUCAUCUGAAACUUGCAGAGUUUCGAGGGUUGAUUGGAAGAGACACUAAUGAAGUGGCACAGCUUAACUUUGUUCAUGACAAGCAACAGAACUUGUGUAGAAGCACGAGCUCCAUUAUAAUCCAGGUUUAUGGAGCAAUACAGAGACUUAAGCGAGACCUGAAGAACCUCUAUUCAUUUGCUCUUGAGCUUUCAAGAGACUUUCAACAUCAAUACAAGAAUUCUCUUUACCAAGUUUUGACUGCUGUCCAAAAGAUCCAGCUGCAGAAUGAAGCUAUGCAAACAUUCCAGACAAAAGCAUUUGAUCUCAAGCAGUCUUUACAGGAAGUUAACGAGCGAUACCAGCAAGAAAAACAAAAGAGAAAAAUACUUCACAACAGUUUAAUUGAACUGAGGGGAAAUAUCAGAGUGCACUGCAGGAUCCGUCCCUUAUUGCCUUUUGAUACUGCUUUUGGACAUUCAGUCUCACAAGAUUGGCACAGAAAGCUUUCAGAAAAAGUGGCACAUGCUACUGAUGAUGAAACUGUCCUUGUAAAAUGCAAUCGUCCUGGUCAUACUUUGAUCAACAAGACAUUUCAGUUUGACAGAGUUUACAGUGCUGCUGAGUCUCAAGACACAGUGUUUGCAGAUGUGGCCCCUUUGCUUACAUCUCUGCUGGAUGGAUACAACGUGUGUAUUAUGGCUUAUGGGCAAACAGGGAGUGGGAAGACAUACACAAUGUUGGGACCACAGUCUGAGGAUGAUGUCACUCUUUCAAUAGAAGAUGAACCAGAGCUAGGAAUUAUUCCUAGAGCCACAGAAGAAGUGUUCAGGCUUAUUUCAGAAAAGCCACCAGGAAGUCAUUGGGUUGAGGUUUCUGUUGUUGAAGUGUAUAAUAAUGAAAUUUUUGAUCUUCUGGCCAAAGACAGCUGUGGAAGAGUAUUCGGUGUUAAACGUGACGUUGUCACAACCAAGGAAGGCAAGAGCGAUGUGCCAUUACUUACCUAUGAGACUGUUGAAAAUGCUCUAGAAUUCUUACAGCUAGUUGAUAAAGGUCUGCAGCUAAGGAUCAAACAUGCAACACUGGUGCAUGCUCAUUCCUCUCGCUCUCAUCUGGUAGUGACAUUGACCAUAACCACGAAGGCUGUCUCUGCAGACAGCUUUGCUCCUCUAUGGACAGAUGAACAGCCUAGUCAAAAGCUAAGUAAAGAGCUUUUCUGCACCUUUCCUUCCAGAGCCUCUUCUCCAGCACAGUUUGAAUCUAUUGAGAAACUGAAGCACAUCAAAACUAAACUACAGCUGGUGGAUUUGGCGGGCAGUGAAUGUGUUGGUAUGUCUGGAGUGACAGGAGUAGCCCUGAGAGAGACCUCGUUCAUUAACCGUAGCUUAUCUGCUCUGUCAGAUGUACUUGGAGCAAUAGCAGAGCAGCGCUCUCACAUUCCGUACAGAAACAGCAAACUUACCCACCUACUCCAGGACUCCAUAGGGGGCAACGCUAAAUUGCUGGUGAUGUUGUGCGUCUCCCCCUGCCAGAAGUAUUUAGCGGAAUCACUGCAAUCCUUGGGAUUUGGAACUCGUGCUCGGCAAGUUCAGAGAGGACAAGUCAAGAAAAGAAAUCUGCUAGUGUCAAGCAAAUCAAAAUAAAAGCUAAGGCUCCUGUGGAUUAAAGUAUUAUUAAUGAGUUCCUCAGAUGAAAUAUAUCUUGUUGUCAUAAAGCCAUGCUUUAAGAUGUAAACUGCCAGUUAAAAUAAACACUCCUCAAUAUGGUAUUAGCAAAGCAAACUUGCUUAUAAUGUUCUUGUUCCAAAGAUGAUAACAGGUAUUGAAAACAGCUACCAAGCAUGAUGGAUGGCAUGGCAUAGAAAUAUAUUAUGCUUUUUAGGAGAGCAACAACAAGACAGAGUUUUAGAGCAAAUGUUUAGCAUUGGGAAAUAAGUAAAUGAAAUCAAUAGUGCACUGAUCCUGGACAGUUCGCACUGGAAGGGCUGAAUCUCUGUCCUAUUAGUUCAGUAAAAAACACAAGUCUUUAAUUACUCUCAAAAAGAAAAGGAGUACUUGUGGCACCUUAGAGACUAACAAAUUUAUUAGAGCAUAAGCUUUCGUGAGCUACAGCUCAAUGCAUCCGAUGAAGUGAGCUGUAGCUCACGAAAGCUUAUGCUCUAAUAAAUUUGUUAGUCUCUAAGGUGCCACAAGUACUCCUUUUCUUUUUGCGAAUACAGACUAACACGGCUGCUACUCUGAAACCUUUAAUUACUCUUUUUCAUUUCAAUAUCUCAAACUUGGAGGAAAUAUUUGGUUUGAUGUUUGGGUUAAAAUUAGGCACCUAUCUUGCUGACUUGCUCUCCUCUCUCUAGCAUUGGGUUAUUCCUAACCCAUUCCUAUUCAAGUCUUCAAG